AUGGAGUAUUCUUUGGGUCUAGCGGUCCCUAACAAAGUCAAGCUUUUUCUAUGGAGAGCUUGCCAUUCAUUCCUUCCUUGUGUUGAGCGUUUGUUUAAACGCAAAGUUUGUUCUCAUGAUGAGUGUGGUAGAUGUGGUAGAGCGAGUGAAACAGUCUUACAUUGCCUCUGGGAAUGUCCAAAAUCCCAGAAGGUUUGGAAGAAGACAUGGUUGAGAGGCUUUGUGAAACAUUGGAAGGAGCUCUCUUUUACCGAUCUUGUGCUUCAUGUGGCUGCGGUUGGAUCUCAAAACGAGUUGGAGUUAUUUGGAUUGUGGCAAAUUGAGCUUUCACGAGUGCAUACCAGUAGCGUUACAUUGCAAGGAGGCCAGAAUGGGGGUGGCCAUGAAACUGGUCAACAGUUUGAAGGAGCAGAACCCAGGUUGUUUUUUGAUGGUGCAGUUGACGUAUUAAAGGGCUGUGUUGGGCUGGGUGCUGUUAUUUUAAGUGGUACAGGUCAAUUAAUGGGUGCGAUGUCCAUUCCAUUACCAGUUCCUAUUAAACCUAUAGCAGCGGAGGCUUUGGCUUUAUGGCAUGCACUAAAGUUUGGUAGAGAAUUGGGUGUGAGAAAUGUGAGAGUGUAUGGUGAUGCGCUUAAUGUGCUAAAUGGUCUGAAUGCUUCUGGAUGGGAUUUGAGUGCUAUUGGAGGAGUAUUGGAUGCAGUUAGAUUGCUUAUGAGGGAGUUUGAUAUAAUUUCUUGGAAGCAUGUGAAGAAACGAUCCAACUUGGUGGCUCACAAGUUGGCGAGAUCGGCUUUAUCAUUGGUACAAGCUAUGUUUUGCAAAGAUGUAGGGCCUCCUUGGCUCCAUGAUUUAAUUGAUGCUGUUUAG